UACUUCUGUACUUGCCUUGUAUUUUGUUAAUAACUGUGAAUACUAAAUACAGAUUUUAAAACAUUUAUUUGUAACAAUUGAAUGGUUUUUGACACAUCUCCUGCAUUGUGAGGCAUAUUGAUUCAAUAUGCCAAUUAUAGGUGAUAACUCUAGUUAGUGGGUAACAUUCCUUACUCUGAUCCAGCACCCUGUGUGGAGGAAGUGUUUCGGGUCAGUGAUCUUUUGUCAACUUGUCGUCUCUGAAAGGUAGCUUCACUUUUCUGGUGAAAACUCAUGCAGACCUGAAACAGAAGCAAAACACUGGAGAUCUGAAAUAAAGACAGAAAAUGCUGGGAAUACUCUGCAGGUCUGGAAGCCUGAGUGGUGAGAAACAUGAAUGAAUGUUUCAGGUCAAGGUGACCUUUCAUCAGAACUGGAGAAUGAAGGGGUGGGAGGAAAGCACAACAUUCAUACUGAAAGAGAAAGGUGACCUUCGAUCUGAACAGAUCUCAUCUCUGGUCUUCUCAGAUUCUGACAUUCCCAUUUCCAGCAUGCUGCCUUUAAUUGUAUUUAAGAUUUCCAGUGUGGUUUUGAGCAGACCCUUAUCAGGUUCUGUUAAGGGAGAGUGAACUGAGCAAAAAUAUUGCCCUUUACCUGGAGAGAGUCAAUGUAACAAAAGACUGCAGCCUGGCCCCGCCCCAUCGUAGAGCACUAACCAAUAGCAUUCCUAGGAAUCAAAUUUACGGGGAUAAUUAACAUAAAUUAUGAUAACGAGCUGCAACUUGGAAACUUGUUGUUUACUUUGGAACAAAGUCAGAAUUCAACCAACUCCUCACCGAGUGCUGAGGCUGAGAUGGGAGGAUUGUCUGCAGUUUCCCAACAACCGGUGAGUAAAACAAUUGCAGUAAUGUUUUGUAAAAUCACUGCUUACUCUUGGUUUAGAUCUCCCUCGCUUUUGGAGUCGCCCAGGCAGGCAGGAGCUGAGUGAGCAGCACCAGAUGCAAACUUUUCCAACGUGGAUGUGUGAGGCUGGGCGCGGGAAUCCGGAGUGAAACCGACCUGAAAUUGAAGCGGCGCCCUCAGGCUUUUCCCUUUUGUCUCGGGUUUUGUUUUACCGGAGGCUGCUGAGGGUUAGCAUCGAUCCAGUCGCUUUAAGCACCGAUUCUCCGGGGAUUGUUCUUGUGAGACUCACCGCCAAGCCGUAAGCCUAAAACAAAUAAAAAGACAAGGACAUCUUUCCACAUCCGAUGAACUCCCUUCCUAAGAAAAAGGGACUUCCCAUUGCAUCUUCUGCUGGAAUCCUUCAGUUUUGUUUCUCUGACCAUUUGUGAUUUAUGUUUGUUUUCGUCAAAACUUCGAAAUCUUACACGAAAAGUUCGGAAGGAGCCGGAAUAAAUAGUUCAGGAACAGCUUGGUAUAUCUCCUGCGAUAUGCAAGCAUCGCCUUAUAUUACUGAGACACUCAGCCGUGUACUGCAGUCCCUUCAAAUCCCAGACAGGCCAAGAAGAGAGAGAAGCUGUUGAAGCUUACACUUACCAUACACUAAUCAGGACAGCAGCGCAAGAGUACCACAUCACAAAGGGAGCAGCAAUUAAAUCACAUGGUUUUCUGCACUCAAGUGGAUGUGAUACAGGAAUGCUAAAUGGACUAUGAAGAAAUCAGAAACAUCUUUAAUUUAGGUUGCACAACUGAAGAAACAACAAUGGAUUUAAGGCUGCCUCUGAAUGCAUAGAACACAAGAGUCCCUGUGACGUGGAACUGCUUGGGUUGCACUUGACAGAAGUCUUCUCUCUAGCCUGUCUUUGCAAAGACACAUUCCAGACAGAGACAAGCGUGCUGAGUUACUGAGAGGCAGCAAAACAAGUGAAGAGUGAAGCCCUUGGUAAUCCUAAUUGGAGACACAAUGAGACCGCGCAUUCACUCUGCCCUGAGCCCUUGCAGUUCCUCUGCUGUCAUUGUGUAGCGCGUUCAGCCAAAGAAGAAUUAUGGCAGUUGUCGAAACACAGGUGGUCGAUUCAGACCUGGAUCCUGAUGAGGAUUUGGAAGAACAGGACGAAGAUAUUUUCAAUCAGAUGGAUGAGAAUGGCAUCAUUGGAUUGGAUGAAAUCAAUGAGUAUUAUCAGCAGUACCAUCCACGACUGGAGGAUGGCUUGGAAACUGUGGAGGAGGAUGGAGAGAUGACUGAUCACAAUAAAUUGAGUAGCCUGGUCUGCCCCCAAGAUUCUUUGGAUGAUGAAAGUUUUAAUAUCAGUGAAUACCAGGAUUCAGACCCUGUUCUCUUGUCCAUGUCUGCAGAAGAGGAUGAAAGUCUAAGUCAUUUAAUUUAUGAAUCUGAACCACAGGACGAGGAUGGGAUUCUCAAUUGUCAGGUUUCAACAUCUCACUGGCAUCCUGUAGGGGACAAUCAGCUUGACAUGACUGAAGAUGAAAAGGAGCAGGCUAGCUUUCGACUUCCAAAAGAUGUAGGUACCAGCAAGGAGGAGGACAGUUUUGAGGAGUACUCUGACUUGCCAUAUGACGAGCAAAUUGAGGAAACCAAUCCCCGCCCGAUGAGAGACCCAUGGCGCAGAUAUGAAGUCUACAACAAAGCACAAAGUAUAUUGGAUCGUGGGGAUGAUUUUUCUGUGCCAAGUAUACGGGACCAUGCAGAUAAACUUUCUGAUCAGUCUGAUGAAAACAUCAACUACUCAAAAACUCAGGGUAAAGACUCCAGUCUAUCAGCACAGGAUUUUUAUUCCGAGGACUUUGAAGUAACCUAUUCCAAUAGUGUAGACGUUUUAGAUUUGUCACAUGAUAGCAAAACAUUAGGAUCUGAUAGUGAGGUUAGAAAAGAGAGGCAAGACAACUCGUCAUUUAAUUACUCAAUAUUGCAUUUUAAUCAGGAGUUGCUGGGACACCUAUCAGUUGAAGAUCUAGCAAGCAGCCCAGGUCUUGAGGCAGAGACCAUUCCGGAAUCUUCAUGUGCAGACAGUGUUGAAGAGCCAACGGGUAGGUUUUCAAACAAAGGAAAGGGUUUGGGAAAAGUCAGUCAAGAUCCUGGUUCUGGUAAGGAAAAGCAAAAAGAUAAAAGCAGCAAAUCUGAGCUCAACAAAGCUGUAUCCCAUAAACAAGUCAAAGUAGCUAAACAAGAAAAUCAUCCUCAUCCCCUCAGUAAACCAUUUAUUUUAAAGGAUAACACUGGUCAGAACUCUAAAGCGAACAGACAAGUAAAAACACUGACUCCACACAGGACAGCCAUUAAUCAAAGAUCUUCAAGAAAUAAUUCAUCCAAGCCGUUAUCGAGAAAGAUCACUUCAGAAACUUCAAUGUACGGCCGAGGUCAGCUUAAUUACCCACUACCAGAUUUCUCAAAAGUGGAGCCACGAGUUAAAUUUCCGAAGGACAUGCAAGUUUAUCAGAAGCCCAGGAGUAAGAAUGUCAACGUGCAGGGUAAGAGAAGUGACCCUCAAUUUCUCCUCCACUCUCCAGCAGAGAUAGUCCGCCAAGUGCUGCAAAGUAGCAAUGAAUGUUCGCUGAUCACUCCGACCCCAUCAGGGGUAAAGGUUUUGGGAGAAUUCAAGUCAUCGCAGCAAGCGACAGAAAUGGUUUAUCAACUACAGGAGGAUUAUCGCCAGCUCCUAACCAAGUAUGCUGAAGCAGAAAAUACAAUUGAUCGAUUGAGGAUUGGGGCUAAGGUGAACCUCUAUGCUGACCCUCCAAAACCAAGUCAGAGUGUCCAAAUGGCAUCACUUAGCCAGGGUUCAAAGGUUAUGACAUUAACCAUCCCCCAUCCACAAAGAGCUGAAAUUGGCCCACCUUUGAACUCUAGUGAACAAGCAGAAUGUCCCUCAGUAAUAGAAAAGGGUGAAGUAAUAGAAGUUGCCAGUACAUCAGAUACCACUUUGACUUUGACCGAAUGUCCCUCUAUUGUGGAGCCCACAGCAGGGGAGUGUCUGACAUGGGCCUUAGCCCAACAGGCAGAGGCACUGCAAAAGCAGAUGGAUGCAUUCGAAGGGUUGCUUAAAGCAAGGAAGAUAGCACCAGUUGCCCAACAAAAGGCACUACAGAGGUUGAAGGAUGGCCAGGAUGCAUUGGAAAGGGGAUAUUUACAGGCACGAGAAGAGCAUUGUGGGCUCCAACUCAAGGAUGCCAGCACCAACUCUUAUAUUGUUGGGGAAUUUGAUCCUAACAGGGAAGUGGAAGGCAACAUUUUUCGGCUUGGAAUGCACUUGGAGGAUCUGAAUGAACAGAUUGGCCAGCAUCCAGAGAUCCACUCCUUGAACAACCAUCGAUCUGAUAUGCCCCUAACAUCCAGCUCAUGGGUAACACCCAUCCCUGCACUCCAGACUCCAAUACCAACCCCGUUAUCGAUGGCUCAGACUCCAACACCAACCCAGCACAGGGCCGCAGACAUGGUCCAGAAUCCCAAACCUGAGAGCGUAGUUCCAAGUGCAGCACUCCAACAUGGAAUGGUGGAUGUGGAGGUGAGCUCCGUGAGUGGAGAAAGUGAGGGUGGAGAUGCCAUUCCUGAAAGCCUGAAGCACAAGACAAUGCAACUGAAGGAUAAUUUUGACCAACUGUUGGAGCAAUAUAAAAACGUCAAGGAUUUACCUCUGUCGCUCGGUCUUGAGAGGACGAGGGGAAUCCCUGAGACUCCUCAGUCACCUCCAACUGCACAUGCUCAGGAGAUUAGAAUGAUAGACCUAAUCCAAGAUGGAGGGAUAAAGACUCCUAAAGACCAUCUGGACAAAUGCAGCAGUAAAACAUCAGAACCGAACAAAGCAAUAAAAUGGGAAACCACACUCGGUGAUGCUUUUAAGGAUGGCUAUGGGCCAGUACUGGAACCAGAGGAGUUGUUACCCACAGAAACCAAAACCGGACUACGCAGCAGAUCUCCCACCUCGAAUGGAAUGCCCCUUUCGGAAAAGAAGGACCUUUUGUCUCGAAAAGGUCUAAGUUAUGUGGACGGAAUUGCUUCUCCUGAGAACAUCUCUCGCAAAGCUCUGCACCAAACCACAUUAAUCCCUCUGGAGGAACGCAUUGUUUCUCCAGAGACUGACAGUGGGUUUGUGGGCUCUGACAGCAGCAGACUCACACCAGCCAUUCAGACUCCAGAGCAUCAACCCACUCAGAGCAGACUUCAAAACCAAAGGGCGACUUCACUGAAAUCGCCGCGUCAGGAUGAAAAAGCUGCUCUGCGAAGGCAACAGUCUCAGGAAACCCAGCAUCAAGAUGCUGCUGAACGUGAGCGCUCUCCAACAGCACGACUGAAUGAUGUCAUGAGGAAGGACAGUGUUCUACAAGCAGAUGCUUCCCGUACUACCUCACCUCAGCAGUGGACAGGCAGCGUAAUGAGUGAGUUUGAACAGGAGACCUUUGUUAGUCGCACAGAGUCUGAACCCGAUGUUCAAAGUGGCCUCAGUGCCUAUGCCAAGCAGAAACGUCAUCGCUCAUCUCUGAACUCAUCACCAUUAACUUUCCAUCCGAAAGUCCAUUACAGUUCCAGUCCUUUGAGUGUUCACUCAGCGAGAGAUGAGGUGAUUCAGGCUUUGCAAAUGGAGGUCUCCCAACUCAGACAGCGUUUGGAGGAGACACUGCAUAAGCCCCAAGGAGAUUCUGAAAGGAAUCUAUCAACCAGACCUCAAGGCCGUAUGGAUAAGCAGCAUUCCCCAAGGAAAGCGGCAAGGAAACACACACAGGAGCAUCAGGAAAAGAUGGAGGGCCAGGCUUGGAACAAAUCGUCAGCAAGUCAUAGCAAUUCCAAAUUGUUCCCACAACACAAGUCGGACCUAGAAAUAAGUACUGAGUCAGAUGCAUCUUCAUGUAUCAUUCAACCUGUUUCGGUUAGUCAGACAAGCAAGAGAUGGUCUUCUCAUGAGGGACAAAAGCACAGGCCUGUUAAAGUUAAAGGACCAUACACAGGCACUGAUUACAGUUUAUUUGUGCCACCGAGCUCUGUGGAGGGACCUGCAGCCGGAAGAACAUCCUGCCCUUACUGCAGCCAAACCCGAGCACAGACGACUGCAAAAGCCCCAUCAAGGAGUGCUCCUAUUUCCCCCAGUAGCCUCAAAAGGAAUUCCUGCCCUGUAUGUAAAGGAUCAGACCAAACAUCGGAAGGGAAAGCAGAGCAUGCUGCUAAAGAGGAGCUCCCCAAAAACUCAGGUCGGAGCCAUAAGGCCAGGAAGCAACAUGGUGUCCAUAUUGUUGAGCCUCCGCCCAUGUUCAGCUACAUUCCAUUGGCUCACUAUGUGCCUUAUUCUUCACAAGCGUAUUAUUCUACACCGGCCUGCACGUACGCAUCACCCAUACAGUCACGUUUCUACUGUUCUCCCGGAUACAAAGUGAGAGAGUCAACCCCGGCAUCUGCACGAAAGAGAUCAAAAAGCUACCAUCAGCGAUCCUCAACAACAGAUGACAUUUCCAACGUUAAUGGUGAAGCAUUUGCGCUGUCGGAUCUCAAUUGCUCCCUAGACCAGGCCAUCAAUGCAGCCAGGACUAUCAAAAGGACCACAAAGAAAAUGGUGAGGUCACUCUCAUCAGACCUCUACAAGGCCAAAGCCAUCCAAGAAUGUCACCAGCUAUUAAGCCACUGACAUCAAAGUAUUGUGUUCUGUUUAUGAGAUAUUCCAGUAUCAUUUAAAUACUCUUGUAAUUAUCUUAAGGGCAUCACAUACAUGCAUUUGUUGAUGCAGUACUUUGUGUUUGACAAGCCAGCGUGUGAAUUAUUUCUGUAUACAGUUCCUUUCUGCUUGCCACUUUAUGGUACGUGUUGAAAGCUGACCUCAAGCAGCCGGCUCACAAACAAAUGAUUCAUGGUUCCUGGGAAAUGACGUACGCACAUUGCAGAUGGCACAGAAAGUAGCGAACGUAAUGUUCACUGUGCAUCAGUCACAUUGCAAGCUCACUGAUUACUUUUACACUAUAUGAAGGAAGCUUAGCCUUAAGAGUCACCAACCAAAUAUUGCUAAAUAGUACUCUGAAUUCAGUUGUUUAGAUUCGCAUUACAUUAGACAGAUACAGAAUUGCCAAUAGGAAAUGAGGGCAAUUCACAGGUUAUUUCUUGAAGAUUUAACUCAUGAGUCUUGGUAUUGUGGGUUAUUUUCCAAAUCAGUAUGUUUAUUUUGUUGUCAUUUGUUUGCAUAGUAAUUCAGUAUCCCCUUCAUAGCUGUAAAAUGUAGCAGGUCAUUAAUUCUCCAUUCAUCAUGACUUGCAAACAUGUGGCAAGAUUUGCAAUACUUCAAAUCGAGUUCAGUUGUAAGGAACCCAUUGCAUGUGGGGAUAUAAUGCAAGAGUUCACUCAGAAAGUACCUGCCCUCUGUAUUGUUACAGACUGGCGAAAAUGAGUUACUUCUGUCUGAAAUAAGGUGUGAAUGUGUUGAUAGGUGACACUUGAAUGAUGGGUUUGGGUUGUUACAACAGACAAAAUCCAUUAACAGCAAGGGAGAAAUUUCUAAGCUCCCAUUGAGAAACAGAUGAUCCUAAUAUGCGACAUGGUACCCAAGUGGACCAACAGAGAUGUUAUUAUCUUGUACACAUUUUAAGGUUGUUUGAAAAGUUGUUGUUUUAAAUCAUAAUUCAAAACGUUUUUUUUUACCUCAAGUGCCAUGUAAAUAUUCUGAAGAAACUCUGGUACUAACCUACUAUGGUUUUUAGUGACCUUAGAAAUAAACAUGCACUGACACAAUAGCUUGUAUCAUACCACUUUUACUUUUCCUGUUAACAAGGUCUUACACUCUAUUAGCUGGUUGGACACGUUACAUAACUCUGCAAUGUUCUGUUAGUUAUUAAUCUCAGGAUAACAUGCUACAUCCAAAAUAACAACCUUAAUUCCAUGCCAGCUUCAUCUAUUUUCAACGAUUAGUCUACUUUUGUUUCAUUUAAUAAUUAAAAUUGACAGGAUUGGAGGUUACUAGAUGAAAUGUAACCCGUAAAGUCCUGUGUGUGUGAUAUACAUCAAAAGAAAUUGCUAAUCAAAUGAUUUCUUGCCAAUGUUUUGAAUUCUCUAAUUAAUUGGAUGAAGUAUGUUUAAGGAUUGAUAGUCCAGCAAUGGGGUAUUAAACUUCUACAAUCAAGAAUCAAUAUUGUAUCAACAGAGUCUAACUGUACUGAAUCAAAUUUGGUUUGGGCAUUAUUUAUUACUAGUUAAUUGAGCUUAGGUUAACUCUAUGUUGUAAAUCUGUCUCAUGCAUGGAGCCACUAAUGGAAAUUAAAUUUAGUUCUGAUGGAGAUGAGCUUCACAAUCUGAGUUGAAUCAAAGUCAACAUUUGACUGUCAUAAAAAUCAAAACCACCCUGUGGAGAUUGGAAAAUCCAGACAGAUUUAUGCAAGUUUCCAAACAAACAAGCAAUACAAGCUUAAUUUUUUACUCUAGUUUUUACAACAUUAGAGAUGGUUAUCCAAGGUAAAGUUUUACGCAUUUUCAUAUUUCAUGUUUCCCUGUAAGGAUUCUGAAUUUUUUUCAAUCAGUCUCUAUGUCUUUUUAAUGCACUUUCAAAGAUUUAAAAUCAUUACUUCUCAGGCAAAUGCCUUUCUCAACUUUGCUUAAGAAUAUGUCGGUUUAUAUGUCAGAGAAUGGUUUGAAUGUCAGAGACCAGUUAACACCGUUAGCAGUGGUUUGUCAUAAAUUUGUGAAAUAUUAAGUGAGCUCUGUCAUUGUAUCAGACCUUAAAUGUUUGACUUUCAUGCUAUUGUUUGCUGUAUACACUCCACCAAAUGGUUAUGGAAAUAAUCUCUUUCUUGCUAUUCACUGGGUGAAGGCAUUGCUGGAAAAGCCUGCACUUUUGUUCAUUAACUCACCCCCAACAGCUUUGCUGUUUUGCACAACCAAUUUAUACAGGUUUACAGUACUUCUAGAUAAUGUUUGUGCAGAAAUAUCUGUGUUACCUUCAAGGGACCAACUUGUGUGCAGCCAGUGCAGGAACCUCUGGUUUGUUGUGCACUUGGAAAGCAAAAAGGAUAUAUUUUAGUUAUUCAUAAUUGCCCUUGAGAAGAUGCUGAUUAGCUGCCAUUGUGAAAGCUGUGGAUGGCAUUCUAAGUAAUUCCAGAAGGCAGUUAAGAGUCAGUCAGAUUGAUGUGUGUCUGACAUGUAGGAGCUGGUCAAAUGAUCAAUUAUUUCCUUAAUUCAUGAAUCAGUGAUUCAGAUGGGUUUUUACAACAAUGUGGUAGUUACAUAGCUUUUUAAAUUCAGAUUUAUUUAAUUAACAGGAUCUAUUCCUGUCAUUGUGGGGUUUGAAUUCACAUCUCUAGAUUUCUCAUCUCAUAAAAUAACCACUCUGCUACCGUUUCGUAUUACACCUCUGGAAGUUUUACUCAUAUGACUAUAGAAUCCUGCAGUGUGCAAGUAGACUCUCCAAAAGGCAUCCCACCUAGACCUGCCCCUUGCCCCUUACCCCUUACCCUAUAACCCUGCAUUUCCCAUGGCUAUCCCACCUAACUUGCACAUCAUUGGGUUGUGGGAGGAAACCCAC